CUUUCUUUUUCUUCUUCCCCCUCUUUCUCUCUCUCCCCUCUCUCUCACUCCUCUUCUUUUUUUCAUUUUGGCUUCUAUUCAAAUGUGGGUCAGGGGUGAGCGGCUCCCAACGUCACAAGCUUGCAAGAUGGCGCUGGGAGGAAGGCUGUGAGAUGAGGAACAGGCUGGUAUAAACCGAGAGGACAGGAGAGGGAGAGGAGAGGGGCAGGGGAAGCAGAGCCGCUGCUCCAGAUGCACUAAGAAGGAAGCUAUUCUGUACUGAAUCAGCAUGGGAUAGAGUGCCUAGAAGAUGUUCAGACCAAGCACAGCUAGCGAUGUAACAAAAGCCAAAGGACUCAGCCUGGAUCCAUGCCAUAACAUCAGAGAUGUUAUAAGAGAAGGAUUUCAAGAGCUUGGGAAGGGGAACAGGGAAAAGGAAACAACAUGAAGGAUCAGCAUUUAAGUACUAUUUCCAUUGUCUGUAUGUGGGUAACAAGACCGUGAAGCUCUGGCACCAUUUUUUUUUUUUUUUUUUCCAUUACAGAAGCAUUUCUAAUGGUGAUAUUACCUGCCUGUAUUUCUAGGCAGUAGGGAAGCUGGUGCAGAUAGCCUGGGAUCUGCUGUUCUUGGAUAUGUGUUCCCUGGUACCCCUGAAACUCAGUGCCAUUGGAGUCCUGAAUGGAGGUGGACAGAGCAAGUCAUCAAGGAAAAGUGCAGAAGUCUUCUGCUCUUUCUGUCACAGAUCAGCUCGGGGGAGAUGGGUGGAGGGGAGGUUGUUUUCGUAGUUACAUUUUUAAGGCAGAUGGCCAUUUUAAAAUGUACGUUUCAAUUUUGAUUGCCGUUUUUUAAUUGCAUUUAACAGCGCCUGGUUCUCCAUUCUGCAUCCGUGCAGCCACGUUCUAUUGAUGGCCUGUUGUGAUUUCAAUGGAACAUCAUGGGAUGUACCUGGCACGUCGGGCAGCACUGGAUGGAGGUGCCUUUAGCCCAAUGUACCUGGCAUGGUGGUAAAGUGAAGGUGAAAGGAAGAGAAGGUGGAGAUGGAACUGCCAAAUCAUGCCAAACAACUGCUACUGCAGCUGAACCAGCAACGAGCCAAAGGUUUCCUCUGUGAUGUGAUCAUUGUGGUAGAAAAUGCCCUGUUUCGUGCCCAUAAGAACAUCCUGGCAGCCAGCAGCAUGUAUUUCAAAUCCCUUGUCCUGCAUGACAACCUGAUUAACUUAGACACGGACAUGGUGAACCCCACCGUGUUCCGUCAGAUCUUGGACUUUAUUUAUACUGGUAAGCUCUUAACGACUGACCAGCCCGGUGAACAGAACUUCAGUGCUCUCCUCACCGCAGCAAGCUACCUCCAACUGCACGACCUGGCAGCUCUCUGCAGAAAGAAGCUAAAGCGGAACAGCAAGUCCUUCUCUGGCAAGGCCAGUGGCCUUGGUGUUGGGAGAUCUGCCAGGACUCAGAGACUUUCCGCUGCUUCUGUCAUUCAAGCUCGCUAUUCAGGGUCAAAUGAGGGGUUGAAGGGCUCCCAUACAAAGGAGCUGUCAAAGGGAAAGCUCUCUGAUGAUGAGGUCUUUAUCAGCAGCUCCAAUCAAGAGAACUGUCACUCCUUAAGCAGGGGAGCCAGUAAGAAUUGUGGUGGGGGUGGUAGUGCAAAUGGGAGCACUGGUGAUCAGGAGCUCGGCCUCGAUUUGUCCAAAAAGAGUCCAUCACUCCCAGUUGCAGCCUCUCACGAUGACACACAGCACAGCGAAAGCCAGCAUGGCUCUCCUCAAUCUGCCUCAGCCCCUGCAGCCAACAGUGCCUCAUCAUUUGACGAGUCUGGAGUUGGAGCCCCUCACAGCAUAGCGGACAGCAGUGACCCCAUGGAGAUGGAUCUGAGCGAGGAGUGCCACCACUCGCUGACAGAGAGCAGCCAGCGCAAGGGCCUCCGGCAUUCAUCCCGUAAGAAGGAGUGGAUCAAGAAAGAUAAUGCCUUUGACCGAAAGGACGGAGGCAAAGACAGGGAUGAAGGCGAAGGGCUGCCCAAUGGGAUCUUGCUGGGGCCCUUGUCCAAGUCUGUGGAGCGGAGCCUGGCUGGGGCUUAUGGUGCAGACCUGCCCUACUCGUGUAAGGAGGAGGUAGAAAAUGGCAAGGAGAACAGUGAUGACAGCGGCCAGAGUGAGAGCGAGAGUGGUGGGCAUACCAGUGCCAACUACGUCUACCGACAGGAGGGAUUUGAGCCAGUGGCGUAUGGUGACAACCUGUAUGUCUGCAUUCCCUGUGGCAAAGGCUUCCCCAGCUCUGAGCAGCUGAAUGCCCAUGUGGAGACACACACUGAGGAAGACCUUUACAUCAAGGAGGAAGGCACAUAUGGCGGCAAGGAUGAAGCCGAGGAUUUGUCCAACCCCAACCAGUCCUAUUCUGCAGAGUCCCGGCCCUUCAAGUGCUCUGUGUGUGAGAAGAGCUACAAGGAUCCAGCGACACUGCGACAGCAUGAGAAGACUCACUGGCUGACGAGGCCUUUCCCUUGCAACAUCUGCGGCAAGAUGUUCACACAGCGGGGCACCAUGACACGGCACAUGCGCAGCCACCUGGGGCUCAAGCCCUUUGCUUGCGAGGAAUGCGGGAUGCGCUUUACCCGGCAGUACCGACUGACAGAGCAUAUGCGUGUCCACUCAGGAGAAAAACCCUACGAAUGUCAACUGUGUGGUGGGAAAUUCACCCAGCAGCGCAAUCUGAUCAGCCACCUGCGAAUGCAUACCUCUCCCACAUAAGCCAAAGACUCCAGAAUGAGCUUCGAGCCCAUCCGCAGUGAUUUACCUUUCUGUAAGACUUGCUGCUUAAAAAAAACAAAAACAAGCAAACAAACAAAAAAGGGGGCAACUCCCCAUACUCUGUUCAGUCAUGGGAGGCCUAAACAAAUGUAGCUUUAACAUUUUUUUAAAAGUUGUUUUCCCUUAAAAGAAAAAAAAAAAAAAAGGUCCACAGCCAAGCUGAUGCAUUUAGUCCAACUCUCCCUCAAAAUCUUGGUGAUCUAGCAUGAAAUGUCACUUCUUUCCAUGUGCACUGACUUCACUGUCAUUUUGGGAAUCUGAAGCAAGAAGGAGGACCACAGGGAACUUUUGUUCUCUGCUGGAUCCAGCCUCCCUGCCUCCUUCCUAUGUGAUGCUGUGGCCCUAGUUAAGUCCUCUCUUAAAAUGAAACUCAGUAGGGUAUUUCUUGCCAUUCAAAAGAAAAUAGCAUACAUCUAUGAAAAAACAUUGCAUUGCCCUCACAAACACGGAAACUCUGUCUGUGGACCAUCUUGCAGGGUUGGCAGCCCUUUUGGAUGCUGUAGUAAAGCCAAAGCAGUGAUGGAACCCACCACCCACCCUGCUGGGCUGGCCAUGGUGGAGACAGCCAUCUACCUAGGCAUGCAGUGCCAGGGUGCUUUGCUUAAAGAGCUGGUGAUGCUUUCCUUACCAUCCCUCACUCAUUUGGUUUUAAUCUCUAUCCUUGGCACACGUAACCACAUACCACCUUUUCCCACAAAACAUGCAAACCUCUUCAGCCUUACCCAUGACUGAACCAGGGACUGGAUGCCCUGAGAAUUUUUCAGUGAGCAGGGGGUCGUCUUUACUUUUCUAGUAGUUUCGUAUGAAUAUUCUUUGCUUAGAGGUACUUUUAUUAAAGGAAAAACCAUUGUAACGUUUAUGUGAAUGUUUGAACUGGAAGGUCUGAGGUUAAUUCUA